ACGGUGUACUGCGAUAUGGAGACAGACGGAGGUGGAUGGACGGUUUUUCAGCGUCGUCAGGACGGCAGUGUUGAUUUCUACCGGGACUUUGCCGACUACAGCCAUGGCUUUGGGGAUCUCAAUGGGGAGUUUUGGCUCGGUAACACCAACGUACACAAUCUGACCGCUCAGGGCGUGUGGGAACUCCGCAUUGAUCUGUCCGAUUUCGAAAGCAAUACUGCCUUUGCUGUCUAUGAAUCAUUCAGCAUUGCCAAUGAGAGUGACAAGUACAGGCUUACUGUAGAAAGUUUCAGUCCAACAUCAACCACAGGCGACUCAUUGAACUAUCACAAUAACCUUCAGUUCUCUACUAGAGACUUUGACAACGAUGGCCGGUCGUACAGCAACUGUGCCGAACAACACCGUGGCGGGUGGUGGUACGAUAACUGCCUCACUUCGAAUCUUAACGGGGAGUACCAUCAAGUGCCCAACACAGGAUACGGUAAUGGAAUCAUUUGGAAUGCCUGGAAGGGAAUGUCCUACUCACUCAAAACCACAGAGAUGAAAAUAAGAGCCAAACCAUAA